AUGGGAUUAAUCCGCAACUCCCCCAAUUUAUUUAUAACUUGUUGUGUAGCGGAACCCACAGGCUCACCCGAGGGCAUCAACACAGCUCUUGAUCGGCAUGAGAGAAGUCACACAGGUGAGAAGCCGUAUUCCUGUUCUGAGUGUGGGAAAUGUUUUGCACAGAAAUCACAUCUUGUUACACAUCAGAGAAGUCACACAGGUGAGAAGCCAUUUUCCUGUUCUGAGUGUGGGAAAUGUUUUGCAUAUAAAUCACAUCUGGUUACACAUCAGAGGAGUCACACAGAUGAGAAGCCAUUUUCAUGCUGUGAGAGAAAUAAAUCCGCUCUUGUUGAACACAUUAGACAUUACCCAAGUACGGAACCAUUUACAUCUUCUGGAGUAUAAUUAUCACUGUCGUCCAAUGUUCCUCGGGUGAAUCCUAUCUCCUAUGCUUUAUAAAAUAUACAUGCUACCACUGGGUGAUAUAAUCAGACGUCAUGGCCUGGUCUACCACUGCUAUGCAGAUGACCUGCUUUUUGCUCCAUGUACUGAGAACCGAAUACCAAUAAAUGGUUGUCUAGCUGAGCGCCAGGGGUGGAUGAUGCCAGUUGGCUGUGACUCAGUCUUUGUGAAACAUAAUAGAAGCUCCCCAACAAAGGACAAGACUACAGCUUUACCAACCAUCUGGAUUUAUGCUUUGGUGUUCAGAAUUGCAAAAUUCUGAACAUGUGCUGAAUCCUUCUGUUUUGUGGCUGACACAGACAUCAGGUAUCCGCCACAUACAAAUCCUCGUUCUUUCAUCUGUGGACCAUAGCCAGAAUCAAGCACUUGAUUCCCUCAGGAGUUCAUAGACUACUGCAAUGCCAUCUACCUGUGUCACCCAGCAAAAGAAUUACAGAGCUUGCAGCUAGUACAGAAUGCAGCAGCCAAGCUGUUACCUAACCAGCCCGUUCCUGCCUCCUAACACCCAUUCUCUACUCCCUUCACCGGCUGCCUGCAAGAUGACAAAUCUAUUUCAUUAUUGGCUAACUGACCUUCCCAGCCCAACAUUACAUGGUCCAAGGUACUAGAAGCAGCUUCUGCCUCAUUACUGCCCUGCUUGCUGGCUUCUACAGAUGAAGGACUGUUACCAGCAGUACCAAGAAUCUCCUGGCAUUCAUUUAUGGGUUGAACUUUUAGUUUUGCAGCCCUGAACAUGGAACUCACUGCCUUGCACUGUAAGAAGCCUCCACUCUAGAGACCUUCACAAGCAGACUGAUGACUGUUACUCACGCUUUUCAUUAAUGUACCUCUAUUUACUUCCUAAAUAAUACAUCCCAAAUGCUUAGGUCUUUUUUCUGCUGUUUAUUUUGUAUCUUGUGCUUUGUGUGAAUGUCUAAUGCCAGUUUACACAAUCUGUAUUGCUGCACGACAAUAUGGCGGCAAUUGGAAUGUGUUUUCACUUUUUCUAGUUUGCCUAACUUGUUGCAGACACUCAUCUUGACCUGGAGUGUUUUGGGAUACAAGAUCCUAUCCAUAUAUACCCUGUACAUUACCAUGUGCAUUAGAGUCACCCGGGUUCCAUCUGCAGUGGUUUGUUGUAUGUUACAUCUAUAUGGUGCGGAUACUCCCCUGUAUGAUUUCAUAAUAAAAGCUUUU